AUGAAGGUGCUCCCUGCAUCUGGCCUUGCUGUCCUCCUCGUCACGGCUCUGAAGUUUUCCACUGCAGCCCCCUCCCUAUUUGCAGCCACCCCCAGGACCUCAAGGAACAGCUACCACCUCGCACAGGCAUACCUUGACAAAUAUUACACAAAGAAAGGAGGGCACCAGAUUGGUGAGAUGAUUGCAAGAGGAGGCAAUUCCAUGGUUAAAAACGUUAAGGAGCUGCAGGCUUUCUUCGGCCUCCGAGUCACCGGGAAGUUAGACCGGGCCACCAUGGAUGUGAUCAAGAGGCCUCGCUGUGGAGUUCCUGAUGUGGCAAACUAUCGCCUCUUCCCAGGUGAACCCAAAUGGAAAAAAAAUACUUUGACAUACAGAAUAUCCAAAUACACACCUUCCAUGACUUCUGCAGAAGUGGACAAAGCAGUGGAGAUGGCCCUGCAGGCCUGGAGUAGCGCCGUCCCUCUGAGCUUUGUCAGAAUAAACUCAGGAGAAGCAGAUAUUAUGAUAUCUUUUGAAACUGGAGAUCACGGGGAUUCCUAUCCAUUCGAUGGGCCUCGGGGGACUCUAGCCCAUGCAUUUGCACCUGGAGAAGGCCUGGGAGGAGAUACACAUUUCGACAAUGCUGAGAAGUGGACUAUGGGAACGAAUGGUUUCAAUUUAUUCACCGUUGCUGCUCAUGAAUUUGGCCACGCACUGGGCCUGGCCCAUUCCACAGACCCAUCAGCACUGAUGUACCCAACUUAUAAGUAUCAGCAUCCCUAUGGACUCCACCUUCCCAAGGAUGAUGUGAAGGGGAUCCAGGCACUGUACGGACCUCGGAAGACGUUCCCAGGGAAGCCCGCUGUGCCCCACAGCCCCCCUCAUAAUCCUUCUAUCCCCGACCUCUGUGACUCCAGCUCAGCCUUUGAUGCUGUGACAAUGCUGGGAAAGGAGCUCCUGUUCUUCAGGGACCGGAUUUUCUGGCGUCAGCAGGUUCACUUGAUGUCAGGGAUCCGGCCCAACACCAUCACCAGCUCCUUUCCCCAGCUUAUGUCCAAUGUGGAUGCAGCUUAUGAAGUGGCUGAGAGGGGCACAGCUUACUUCUUUAAAGGACCCCACUACUGGAUAACAAGAGGAUUCCAAAUGCAAGGUACUCCUCGGACUAUUUAUGACUUUGUGUUCCCAAGAUACGUGCAGCGAAUAGAUGCUGCCGUCUAUCUCAAGGAUGCACAGAAGACCCUUUUCUUUGUGGGAGAUGAAUACUACAGCUAUGAUGAACAAAAAAGGAAAAUGGAAAAAGACUAUCCAAAGAAUACUGAAGAAGAAUUUUCGGGACUUAAUGGCCAAAUAGAUGAUGCUAUGGAGUUAAAUGGCUACAUUUACUUCUUUUCAGGACCCAAAGCGUACAAGUAUGAUACAGAGAAGGAAGGUGUGGUUAGUGUGCUGAAAUCUAGUUCCUGGAUUGGUUGCUAA